AUGGAACCAUGUCGGAAUGUGAUCAAUGAUCCGCACCAGUGUCGUUUGUGCCUGCGUGUUUGCGAUGAUAACUUUCUCGAAAGUAUUUUCUCCGAGAAGGAGUACAGCAUAGCACAUCAGAUUUUUGAGUGCACAUCAAUCAGGGUAACCAAACAGGAUAACCUAACAAAGAUCUGUAAAAAUUGUGCCACUCUUUUGUUUAUUACAACCGAAUUCAGAAAUGCGUGCUUUAAAACAAACCGUCUCUUGUUGGAAGAUUUUGUCAUACUGGAAAUGGGAGAAUGGGUUGAGCCUGAAAAUCAAUUCACAUUGCAGAGUUGUUCCGAGUUGAUUGUAAAACAUAAGCAGCAAGUAGACUAUCUGUACGAUAGUAUUGUACCGGAAUCGGAAGCAUACUUGGCGGGCUCGUUUGAGAUCGAACGUGAGCUCUUUAACUCAGUCAGUGGAGUGGAAAAGAAUAAUCACUCGCUGCAAAUAGGAAGAGAUGAUGAACAACAAACCAUCAUCUAUCCUGAUGAGUUUGAACCAGAGGAACCGGAUCCGGAAAUUAUUCAGGAGAUUACAAAGUUUUUAGAGUCUCAGGAAACAGAUAGCAAUAAUGAGUUUUGUCAAGUUUGCGGGUUGGACGUGGCACGAGAAACCGACAUUGAGUGGAGUGGGUUUGAUAAUUCCUUCAAAAGCCUAAACAACCACGAUUUAAGAAUAUGUGAAAUGUGUCAGUUGUGCUUGGAAUUGCUAAAUUUAUGGCAAGAUCUCUCAAGAACUGCUAGAAGCAGAUUGGUGCAGUCAUCUUUAUCAGCUAGUAAAUUAAGCGCGAUUAAGGACACACAACGGCAUUUGUUGAAGCAAUUGGGAAAAUUGAAGGAACAAUUAUCAAAGGCAGAAAAAAGCCCCAGAGCCAAAAACGGUAGCCAACAAGUGAAAAACACCAAAAGAAGAAAAGUUGCGUGUCAUAUUUGUGGGAAACUGUAUGACAGCUGGAAGCUUAAGGCCCAUCUAAAUGAUCACGAAAAUCGCAAACCGUAUGCAUGUGACAAAGCCGGUUGUAACAGUGCAUUUAGCGGAGUGGAUUUACUAAACCGGCAUAAGAAGCUGUGGCAUUCGGAUUACUACUACAAGAGCUGCACAAUUUGCGGCAGAAAAUGUAAAACACAGGGUAUUUACAAGACUCAUAUUUCCUACCAUGAAGCACCAAAACUGCCAUGUGAAAUUUGUGGAAAACUGAUGCGAAAUAAGCGAAGCAUGUGGAAGCACAUGAAAUCUCAUGAAAACCCGGAAGAUCGGAAGCAUGUCUGCGACGUCUGCAAUAAACGGUUUGCCGUUGCGUACACCCUUCGCGUCCAUAAGCGCAUUCACACCAAGGAGAAACCAUUUGCCUGUGAAUGUUGUGAUAAACAGUUCCAAUAUAACUGUCUGCUGAAGAACCACAUGGAGAAGCAUCACAAAGCAGCGAAAUAA